AAUGUAGUGUCCAACCACAAGGUGUCACACUCCAUUUACAAAUUGUCUGAUGAUUUUUGUAAACGCAACACGUGUAUUUUUGUGCUGGUACAAUUGGGCUUGAUCGAUUUGAUUGAAAAUUCUGGUGAUGGUAGGAACAAUAACGCUAAUAUUCGCUGAUUUAUUGAAUGUAUAUUUCUUCAGUGGAGACUGAGGGGAAUGCGGCAUUCAGCGUUAAAUUGCUAUCAGAUUACCAAAUGUAUUUGGUUUUAUUUACGCUUUAGGCUGUGUCUUAUAAGUUUUUAUUUUUAUUUGACUUGUGGCAUGACCUUAGCGAUUUGGACCUGAACUGGAGAAUAGCUCAACUAACGCAAAUUGUGCUACUACAGACAUUGUAAAGUCUAGCUGUAUGUGGCUACGAGGCGUUUUUCUGGCAUUCUUUGGCGAGCCAGUCUGUCUCAAAAUGUGACAAUUUGGCACGCCCAGUGACAUUGUUUUUGAAAGACCGGCGUUUGAAGCGUCUUUCGUUCGGAUAAUUAGAAAACACAGCUAGAAUCGGAAGUGACGCAGGGCAGUGCAGCACUUCAGAGCUCAAUGGAAUACAAACAAGCUGUGCCCCGCCUCUGUUUAUUAAAGGAUAUUCACCAGGUUCUGUGCAUGCUGCUAAUCGGAAGUGUUUCCCUUUACUUAUUCGUGAUCUCACCUAGAAAGGCAAAUUGUGGUUUCAGGAAAGGGGCAAAGAUACUGGAGGGUUUCUUUUUGUUUUUGAUUGACACCACCAGCUCGCGCUCUCUAACCAGCCAAUUGGAGUUUUCGUGCGGCUGGAAACGCCUACUAAAGGCGAGCUGCGUUUCAAUACACCAAUCGGAACCCUGUUUUAGCAGACCGGGAGGGGGCGUGAGUUCUACAGGAAACGACACCUACCCCCGCCAAUAGAGGGCGAAACUCUCCUCUGGUGACCAAUCACUGCGAGGCAUUGGGCGGGCUCCACAAAGCUCGCCGUGUUCUGUUGAAUUCUAUUGCCGACCAUUAAAAAAAAUAAUAAUCGGGAGAGUGGAAGUAGAAGAACCAGGGGUAACGCGACAGACAUACAGACAGGGCUGUAUUUAAAGGGACCGGUGGCUAUUCUCAACAAGAAAACGAAACAUCAGUAAUUUGAUGGUCUUUAUUACUGACCCUUGGAUUUUGGUUUGGCUGUCUCAUUUUAAAUCCGGACCGUUUCUGUGCGGCUGGCUAGCUGACUGGCUAGCUACAUUCAUUUUCUCUCGGACACGUUUCAUCGUUUAAAAACACUACAUAGCGGGCUAAAUUGAAUGUUGUUUCUGUCAUGAGUCCGGCCGGCUGCGCUCAUGUGAACGGUUUUAAGGUGGAGAACUGGAAGCAGAAUCUACGAGUCAUAUACCAGUGCUUUGUGUGGAGUGGGACUGCUGAAACCAGGAGACGCAAGGUACUACAGAAUGAUGUGGGAUGGACUUCAUUGGCCAAGUCGUGUAUGUGUCACAUGUGCGGCGCCCACCUCAGCCGGCUCCACUCCUGCCUGUACUGCGUCUUCUUCGGCUGCUUCACCAAGAAGCACAUCCACGAGCACGCCAAGAACAAGCGCCACAACCUGGCUAUAGACUUGUUAUACGGAGGCAUAUACUGCUUCGUGUGUCAGGACUACAUUUACGACAAAGACAUGGAACAGAUCGCCAAAGAGGAGCAGAGGAAGGCCUGGAAGUUGCAAGGUAGCGUUUCGCCUCGCGACUCAGUUUUCACUUCGCGUCUGGCGUGCUUAACUGGAGCUCAAAAUUCAUGCGAAGGCGUGGGAGAGAAGUAUUCAACAUGGGAACCAACCAAGAGAGAGCUGGAGCUGCUAAGACACAAUCCCAAGCGCAGGAAAAUCACCACAAACUGCACCAUCGGCCUGCGGGGGCUCAUUAACCUGGGGAACACCUGCUUCAUGAACUGCAUCGUGCAGGCGCUCACCCACACGCCCCUCCUGCGCGACUUCUUCCUGUCCGACCGGCACAAGUGCGAGAUGCAGUCCAACUCCUGCCUGGUCUGCGAGAUGGCCCAGCUCUUCCAGGAGUUCUACUCCGGACACCGCUCCCCACACAUUCCGUUCCGGCUGCUGCACCUGGUGUGGACGCACGCGCGCCACCUGGCCGGCUACGAGCAGCAGGACGCCCACGAGUUCCUCAUCGCCGCGCUGGACGUGCUGCACCGCCACUGCAAGGGCGAUGACAACGGGAAGAAGGCCAACAACCCGAACCACUGCAACUGCAUUAUCGACCAAAUCUUCACUGGGGGGCUGCAGUCGGACGUCACCUGCCAAGUCUGCCACGGGGUGUCUACGACCAUAGACCCGUUCUGGGACAUCAGUCUGGACCUGCCCGGCUCCUCCACCCCCUUCUGGCCCCUCAGCCCCGGGGGGGACUGCGGCGUGGUCAACGGGGAGAGCCACCAAUCAGGGGCCACCACGCUGACGGACUGUUUACGAAGGUUUACACGACCAGAGCAUUUAGGAAGCAGUGCCAAAAUUAAGUGCGGUGGUUGCCAUAGUUACCAGGAAUCCACCAAACAGCUGACAAUGAAGAAGCUGCCAAUCGUGGCAUGUUUUCAUCUAAAGCGGUUUGAGCACUCGGCCAAGCUGAGGAGGAAGAUCACCACGUACGUGUCCUUUCCUCUGGAGCUGGACAUGACCCCCUUCAUGGCCUCCAGUAAAGAGAGCAGAGUCAACGGGCAGUACCUGCAGCCAGUGGACCCGCUCAACAACGACAACAAGUACUCCCUGUUCGCGGUGGUGAACCACCAGGGGACGCUGGAGAGCGGCCACUACACCAGCUUCAUCCGCCAGCACAAAGACCAGUGGUUCAAGUGCGACGACGCCAUCAUCACCAAGGCCAGCAUCAAGGACGUGCUGGACAGCGAAGGGUAUCUGUUGUUCUAUCACAAGCAGUUCCUGGAAUACGAGUAGCCUUACCCAGAGGACUCUGAGAGACACGUGCAGCCUUCAGGAGACGAAAGAGAAAAAGGAGAGAGAAGAAAAAACAAACAAACUGUAACGGAGCCGAAGGAAGGAGAAAUGAGAAAGCGAGACGCGACACACAAACCUACCUGAAACUCUUACUUAAGAUCAUUUUUCCCAAUGAACAAAAGCGAAAAAUGACGAGUACAUCAUGCAAACUUAGAAGAAAAUUCAGCACUGAGCUACCAGUAUCUACUUGACAACAAACUGGGGGAGGGGGGCGGGGUGUAGGGGUCAGAUGGAAUAUGCAUCCACAUUGAGGUGGGGGAGGGGGGGCGGCCCACGCUUGGCUCCGAAAACUUGGCUGGUGAGGUGGGUGGCGCCCGUCUUUUUCUGGGAGGAGGAGCCAGACAGAGGGCACAUCUCAAAUUCUAUUGAUGUUUUCAUCAUCAGUACCCAUGGUGCUCUGGGUCCAAACUGACCAAGCAUUUUGACAUCACGCUGGGAGGAAGACCUCACUUUUAUUUUUUCGUUUUUGUUUUUCUGUUAUUUUCUCCUAUAUAUGCAGAAAAGUCUGAAUGCAAAAAGUAAAAACAAAAAAAAAAACCCACGAGUAUGAUGUUGUGAACUUUGCAAGAACGUUUUUUAUGUAUUGUAUUAUUUGUGACAUUAGUUCUGGAAUACUGUAUGAAUCUAGUAAAAAAAUCUAUUAAAAAACCCAGAAAACCCCAGCUCAUGAGGAUGGAGGCAGAGAUGGGACAGAGCGUGGGCAGGGUCUUUGUGUGGGGAACGCCCCGUGGAACACGCCUGUACCAUCGUUCCAGCGUCACCAUGGCUACAGGUCCACGCCUCUGUCCCGUCUCUCCGUCCUUUCCUCCGGGCUGCGGGCUGGAAGAUCUAUUUUUUUAAAAAACACUUGUUGAAUUACUUUGCUGUCAUGUAUCUUGUUGUCAUGGUACAGAUGUUGUUUUUGAGCGUAUAUUUUUUCCUUUUUUUUUUUCUUUUUUGCCUUUUCUAAAUAUUGUGGAGCUGUUUUUGAUAUUACGAUGGUCGCAUUAACUCAGUUGGUCGUGGAAAUGAGUGAGAAUAGCUAUGGACGUCUCGCGGCAACAUUAAGUACGCAUGAUUUCAGUGUGGUUCGCGUCGGAGCCGAAACGUGUCGAUGCUCAAAACUGUAGCACAGUCCGGAAUCGCAACAUAGCCGUUCCCACCGUUAUUUAAAUGGUGGCUCGCCUCCACCGAUACCAGAAGGUUGUUGGUUCGAACCUCAGCCGAGUUGUACCAAAGACUCACAGCGGUUUAGGGUUGGAGCUGCACGUACGCCCGAGUGUGUCUUUGUGGGAGGGGGGGACGGGGGUGGGUUUGGGGGGGUGGGGGGGGGCAGACUAGUUGGACGUCUGUGGGGUGGUAUACGUUCGCAAAGCACCUUACCCGUUUAACUGCCGGGCCCUGACCUGACAGGAAGCUUCAUGUAUCUGCGGGGUCUGUGGACGGCAGCGCCGUGUCAGAUUUAGUAUUACCCGUGGCAACGUUGUGCCCGUCCUGACCGUAUGCAGUACAGCAGCUUCAGGUGUGACGUCGUGCGGCGCGGGGGUGGGGGGUGGUCAGUGCCUGCGAGCCCAGCGGGCAGCUUGAGCUGGAUUCAGCAGGCUGUGCGCAACAUGGCCGCCGACUUCGCCUCGCGCUGCUUUCCGCUUCGCCCACCUAAGCGCAGCGACGGUUAACGCUAACAUGCUAGGCUACGCGUUUCUUAUAAUAUCAGCAACCGCCAAACGUGCAGCGAGAAUACGAACGUCUUGGCUAAGCGCAUUACUUACGGACAGAGCAAACUGUGCUUUGAACCUUGGCAUAAUUGUUUAUUUUUUUGGUUUCAUUUUUCUUUUUCUUUUUCUUUUGUAUUACUUCUGUGUAUUGCUAGAAGAGGCCAAGAGCCGUGAUGUUGUUAAUUACAUCGCAUUGCUGCCACCGACCCAGGGGAUUGGAGGAGGAGCCGGUUGGGGACUAAACAGAAGUAUAUCUACGUCCUCCAGUCUGCUGCAGAUAUUUAUUUUUAUUACUUUAAACCGGAGAAAAAUGGGGAAUUAAAAAAAAAAAAAAACACAUAGAACCUUGUGAACAAACGUGCCGAGGCUUUCGAUGCGUCAUGGCGGAGACGGGGAGAGAGAGAGAGAGAGAGAGAGAGACAGCGCCACCUUCGGACAUUCAGGGACAGAGCUGAAACGUUUCGAGGAGAAAGCUUCAUCUGUUUCAGUGAUUAAAAAGACAAACAGAACAAACCUG